AAAAAGUUAAAGUUUAUAAUAUCCUUCUACUUCACGAUGAGUUCAUCUAGGUACCUUGAGAUUGCGGAUCGAGAAAGUAUCGACUCAAACUGCAUGUUACCAAGAGACGAAACUCAAGCAUUCAACAAAGGCUACUGGUUACCUAGGUACACAACAAACCUAGGACACUAGCACAAUGGGCAAGCUUUCAUCCCAUAUUAAGUCUUUGUAAAGUAACUAGUAUCACAGCAUGACAAGAGUUGGUGCGUCAUACACGCGAGCUGAGUCCUGGAGAUGGUGAAUGGACGUCUUAGUCAACUUCUUAUUCGGAGAACCCACCUCCUUGGUGUACGGUUGGGACCUCUUUAUAUCAGAAACGAUACCUAACAAUGGAGUUGUUCCAUGCAGAAACAAUAGACACAAUAACCAAAUUCCACCCUCUUGUUCACGAAUCUAUUCGCCUUCAUCCUUUAGACACUGGAUAUUGAUAUUCACCAUCUUCCGAUGAGCUUACCAUCACCAAGUAUCAUACAUAAAUUGCCCUAUCUCUACGAUCAACUAACGUGUUCCGCCAUUCCUCGAACUCAUUAGCCGACAGCCAAAAAAAGAAACGAGAAAUGGGCCAGUAUCUCAGCAGACGGAAAGCUAAGCGUGAUGGUACACCUAGGUGCUAUGUCAUGCAAGAUCAGCAAUGGGUCUACCAUGAUCCGUCUAGCAGCUCAUUCACCUACUCGCCCGUCUUCACACACGGCCGAAAUCCCAAAGUUUGUGUCACGGAAAUCACGAACCCGAACUUGAGGCCAUAUUACGAACGUUCGACCUGGACGGUAUAACUUGACGGGGGAGCGAGAGAGGAAAUAAAAAUCCUUGAUAUGGACGAUGAUUCUUGAUAGUCGAAUCAUAGGUUUACCCCAAUGUUAGGUAAGUAAUCAAGAGGUUUUAUGGUGUCUAGAGGAUCAGUAUCAAAUUUUCUUGUCCUGUGACAUCUUGCGACUUCUGGUUGGGAGACUCAGGGGCGGCAACUUUAGCAUCCAGCUAUGAGGGUGAUUUGAGUGAUGCGUGGCAAGUGGACAAUAACUUCAAUAAAUCCUAUAUGAAUCACGCUGUUAAUGAUUCCCUG